AUGUCAACUCUGUUGUUUAUACUUUUUCUUCCAGUAUUUUCUUUAAAUGACACCAGCAGCCUUGGAGAACUCUAUUUAAGUUACGGGGAAUUUGUCCAGCUCUAUUUAUCAGAAUAUUUCGAAGGCAAUUACUUGACAUACUCUAUAACUCGAACAAACAUGACAAACCAAGAGCUUCUUCUUCAGCAUUCAUACGAUUUCAAAUUUAAUUCCUUCGUGCCUUAUGCAAGCCCCACUCCAAACGAGGUCCGUAUGAAUUCCCGCUUAGGCUCGUUCCCCUCCUGGAGCAAUGAUGAAAUUCAAGUCAUUUUGGGUUUUCAUCAAAAUUUCAUUUUAUUAUAUAAUUUAUCACUAUCUACAGGGGAUCUCCAAAUAGCAGAUCGCCAGCCUAUCGAAACUGGGUAUAAUCUCCCAAAAAUCUUACAAAUUGAAUUUAUUCAAGAUUUUGAUUCAAUAGAUCUCCCAUCAAAUUUAAUCAUAUUGAUGAGUCAAUAUGAUGUAAACCAAACCCAGCCUAAGAUGAGGCAUGACGUCUAUAUGGCAGGCAUAGACAAUUUUAAUAAUAUAGUACAAAAAAUCUCGUUUGUGGGAUUAAAUGAAAUUACUUAUGCUUCAAAGGUAAUGCUAAGCUCUGGGAGUUCAUUGGAUCAUUUGAUAAUUUAUGGGGAAUUUAGCGAAGAGAAUGCUAUUUUUGUGUAUGAUGUGACUAAUCAAGAAUCCCCCAAAUUAAUUCAAAAAAUUCAGCAGUUUUUUAUGUCUGAGGACCAGUUUUCAAUCGCGAGCGUGAUUUGGGAAGACGGUUUGCUUUAUACUCUUGAUACAAAUUCUGGAUUUAUGGUAUAUGACAUAACAUCAAAAGAUGGACUGCUUAAAGAAGCAAAAUAUAUUGAUUUAAGUUUCUGUGGAAGUGCAAAUAGCAUGUGGCGCGACUGAAAUCCUUUUGAUGACACCAAAUUUACAUUAAGCACUGAAAAUGGAUUUCUUAUAGGAAAUCUUCCAAAUAGUAUAAGUGGGUGGGUGCCAGGAAUAGACUCAAAUGGGACUUUUUCAGAAAGUUUGCUUACUCAAUACGUUGGAGGUUUUUAUUUUACUCAAACUUCAACUGAUCAGCUCACAGUAAUCUCAAAUUUUUAUAGUAGCCCCAGAAUUUUAUUCCAGGUGAGCAUUGGUGAAGAAGUUGGCGAUACCUAUUAUGAAGGAGGCCAAUGGAGCAUAUUUCAAAACCCAGAAACCAAACUUUUUUAUUAUAUAAGAAAUGACGAUGAUGGAAUUCGAGUAUUUACAAUUAAUAUAACUGACUGAAAUCUCUGGAUUUCAGGUGACUCGUCUUAUUAUGCUAAUAUUGCUGCUGAAUCCGAAAACUCUGGCCAUAAAACAAUUAAUACCAUCACUGUGCAUUCAAUUCCUGCAGACUCCCAAGAAAUUUUGAAAGCUCAUAACCAUAGACCUACAGUGAUUGAUCCAAUUGAAGUUUCUUUUGUGGGAGACUCUUCAGAGCUAGUUUUAACCCCAACAUCAUAUUUCUCAGGACCAAAUAUGACUUUUACAUUACAAGCAUCGAUUCCUGAGUAUUUUGAGGUUUCUUCGUCUCCUAUCAAAAAGCUCAGUUUAUUUUCAAGCACAAGUUUGCCUGAAAAUGUCACAAAUAUUGAGAUUAUUGAAGAUGGAAUUUAUUAUUUUUAUGAGAAUGGACUUAGAUAUGAAUCAUUUGCAGAUCCAUAUUAUGAUGGUUUUUUGAUUGUAUCUAACCCUUUAAAAGUGACUAGAAAUAUGGCUGGCACAUUGGUUUAUUGAAAAAUGGAUGAUAAAUUUUAUAUAUCUUCUUUCCCUCCUAAUAUGAAUACCUCAAUUCAGUAUUGGAAUACAGAAAUUGAAUGCUUGUAUUUUUUUAUGAAUAAUGAAAAUUUAAUCUGUGCAGAUCAAACACAAAUAGAUGCUUAUGAAUUUCAAUUUCAAGCUAUAUUCAUAAGCAAAUUUUCUAUUAGAGGAGAAGAUUUUGAUGGUGGAUAUCAAUGAAAUAUUACUGGCUUGAAAUCUUAUACACCUUCCGAUUCCCAGAAUGUUUAUUUAUUGCUUUUGAAUAAUAAUGAAAUUUUAUAUGAAAUCAAUAUGAUAGAAAUAAAAGAAAGCAAACCUUUAUAUAGCUAUUGAGCCCAAAAUUAUGUUCCUCAAGAUGUUUUUGGGUUUACUGCUUCUGAAUCAAUGCUAUAUUUUGUUCUAAACGAUGGAACGAUAUAUGCAUUCAAUUUUGCUUUAAAAUAUGAGAGAAUAAUCCCUACAAAUGCUGAUGGGCAGAUUAUUUCGCUAAGUAACGUAAAAGAUGAAUUAUUUAUAUAUUCAGGAAACGAAUUAUAUAUAUACAAUUGUGAUCAGCCAGUUCAUAAUACGCUAUUUUCAUCCAUUCAUAUAAAUCAAGGAUGUUUAACUUCAAUUUCUGAAGCAGACAGUAUUGGAGCUUACAUUGGUAUCUUAUGCCCAGAUAAAAAUGUGAAAAACCUUGAAAUAUAUUCUGUGGUGUGCCCAAAUGCUGAUUCUUCAUCAAGUGUAGAUGGUGAGUGUAUUCUCCUAAGUAAUAUUGAAAUUAAAAUUGGAAUGCCUAAGGAGGUUUCUGACAUUAUGGCUCAUGGAAAAUAUUCAAUUAUAGCUCAAAAUGGAUUCAGCUCAACCCAAGUGGAUAUUCCGCUGACUUUUAUAUUAGAUGGAGAAUUAAUAUGGUUCAAAUCCCAAUACUGGGACAUAUCAAAAGAUGUCCCAUACAACAAAGCCGAGAAAAUUGACCUAAGUGAAAUAUUUUUUGGACAAGGACUCAGGACGAAAAUCAAUAUAAAUGGCUUAUAUAUUGAAAGUAAUAUAACACAAGGGACGCCAGCUUAUGUCACUGAUAGAAUUCAGGAGAAUGGAUUUUAUAACUCAACAGCCUCAGAUAUGUUUUACUCGCAUACUAUUAUUACGAAUACAAACCUUGUUAUAAUUCUUUCUGAAGCUAAUGAUAUUCUUAUAUUGGAUGCCAAUAAUUCUGAGAUUGGACCAUUGAUAGCUUUAAAUAUUUCUGAAUAUCUUAAUUAUCCAGAUGCCAAAUGUAAUUGAAUUGACACAUUUUCUCAUGUAAACGGGGAUUUAUGUUUGCUGGCUACUUCUUGCUCUUAUUAUAUAGACCAGAUCCUAACAAAUUCUACUGGUAAUAUCAGUAUCAAAACUCAAAUAAAAUCAAUAGUUUUAUGGGAAUUUGAUUAUAAUCAUCUCAAAGUCACAAAUACCCUUAAUUUAAGAACUUCAUCUCAACUUUCCUUUUUAAAGAUUAUAGCAAUAAACUCCCAGGAUUUUGAAAUCAUAGGCUUUGAUACUCCUCUAGGUGAAGAAGAUGUUGAAAACCCAAACAAUAACGUACUGCGCUUUUCCGGAUCCUGAAAGUCUGGAACUAUGGUUCUAAAACAGCUAGAAAUCUUAAAUUUCAUCACACUUAAUUUGCAAUCAUUUUUUGCAGUUAUGGUUGAUGGGAAAAACAUUGACGAAAAAUCCACGUACUACUACGUUGUCGAUAACUUAUAUGGAAUCAGAAUUCUUAAAUCUCCAAAAGAUUCUACUUCAGAAUUAGUCCAAUCAAUAGAAGUCCAGUAUUCUGACCCAUUAGACUCCAUCGGAGUUUGUAAAAAUUCUGUAUAUGCCCGCUCCUUUAGCGGAACAAUGAAGAGGUUCAAAAUGAUCAACCCUGAAAAAUUAGAAGUAGAAACAGUUUUCAAUGCUUAUAACACUUAUGGCAUGUCUUUUCUAUCCCAGCCAUGCCUCAUUGUUUGUACAGAAAAUGAAGAAUUUAUUGCGAGCUCUGUAUGGUCAGCUGAAAACAGCUUUGGGAUCAGGAUUUGGGAUACCAAGACUUAUAAUGUCUCGACAAUUGUGUCUGAUUUGUAUGUUUCUCAUACCUAUGACCCAUUUAGGCCUGCAAGCGUUAAAUUCUUGAAUUCAAGCACAGUAACAACAAUUGCACAGUAUGGAGCCAUUUAUAAAAGCUAUGAAAUUAACCCAAAUCUACUUGUGAUACCUAAGAUGAGUGAAGCUGAGUAUAACUCACUUGUAGAUAGUUGGGGCACAAGCACGUUUUAUAUAAUAAUUACAGCUGAAAACAUGAACAACAGUGCUAAUACUACUGUGAUGUGUAGAAAUAAAAACCUAAUGGGCAAAUUACAGGGUUUUUUAUAUGAAAUUAAAGCGCUUGCUUUGGAUUUUUUUACAAAAUUAUCUUAUUUUUAUAGAUUAAAUAUACCCCCUUGAGCUUUUAUUCACAGGGUCACUGUAAUGCUGCUGAAGAGAAGCCACAAAACUAAUCACCAAAACGAAGAAAUUUAUUGGUGGGUGUGGUUCUUUGCUGCAAUUGGAUUCGUUACAACGGCUGCAGGUGUUUGGUAUGGAAUCAGAUAUUUAUUAAGAAGGAAAAAGAUGAAAUACGUUGCAGAAAGGCCAAUAUCAUAUACUGAUAUGGAGCAGCUAAGCAUAGAUCUAUAA